CCAAUCAGAAUGUUUCAAACAUUCAAUUUUACGGUAAGAAAUUCUACGGAACAAAAAAGUGCGGGCAAGAGAGUUUCUAGGAUCCGCGUGUUCUAUGUUUAACGAAUGAAACACGCAGAGGGAUCUCCCCUUGGCAUAUCGUGGAAUUACGGUGAUUCCUGACAAUUCUUCGUAACGCAUGUUUUGUGUUGCGUUCAUCGUUGUGAAAUAAACGAUUAGUGUAUACAGAUUGUGCUAAAUCUCGUAUUGACUCCAAGCAUGAAACUUGGGGAUUAAAACAAAACGGGAAAUUCGAAAUAAACCACACGACCAUAUAUUGCAUGGUUCAGAAAUGGAUAGUGAGUCGGGACCUCCGUCGAAGAGGUUUCGUUCCUCUUUAGCCGGUAACGUACAGCUUGCGGAAUGCGUAAGGCAAUUCAAAUUACCAAGGCAGUACCCAAGCAUGGUGCAAAAAAAAUUACAAAUGGCAAAUGACAAUACGAAACUUGCAAAUGUAACGACGAAUCUUGUUUCUUUGCCAAAAACAUCCAACGUCCCGAAAAUUAUUGAAAGCAAGAAACUUCCGAUAAAUGCAAUCCGAACUAUUAAACUGAAAGGUAAAGAUGGGAGAGAUUUAGGGCAAGUGAAUGUGCAAGAUUUACCUAUAAACAUUCAAGGAAAAACAAUAACUAUCACAAAAAAUGGUGUUAACAAAUCACCUACUGCUAUUUGUACUGACAGCAAAAUGAAAGUAAUUCCAGAUGGCAAUCUCACACCCCUGAAAACCGAGGAUGAUGUCCAAUCGGAUAGCGAAUUGACCAUAGACACGGCGAAGGAGAAAAUCAUAUCAAAAAAUCUUGUCGUCCAUUCCAACACGAAAAAAUUAUCCUGCAAAGUGGAUCCUAGGCCCCAAGUGCUCUUAUUACGAUCUUGCAGAAAUUGGCAGAUGAUUAAACUUCCUCAAAAAGCUAGUUCAACUGCGAGGAAUACUAGUGUAGCUCAAUCCCAGCCAUCCAUCAAGUCCGGAGCUCCGCUACUUCGUAGUACCAAGGAUUCUACAUUUCGAAAGACCAUAUGUAGUACGAAUUUACAAGUCGGAACGGACAGCUUAAAUUCCUCAGGCAAAAAGAUACUUAGCGAGGGCAAUCAGAGACACAUGGUUGUAAGAAAACUAAUUCAGUCAAAACCAAUAAAUAGUGACAGAGUAAAAAUAAUAAGGAGUACCGCAAGCCCUGAGAAUGGUGAACAAGCGAGGCCGAAAAUAGAAAUUUCAAGAAUAAUUGCUCCAUCUAGCAGUAAAUCAGAAUCGGUUGUGCAAAAUUCCAGGUUCACUACAGACAGUACUGUUGCAAUGACAAAAACUCAAAAUUCGAAUCAACAAAAAUCAAUAUUCAAACAAGAUGUUAUGUCUGUUCUACCCGUUGUGAAAGGACCAAGGAAAACCAAUGGAGUUGGCACCAUUAUCAGAAAACCGGAGGGGCAGACAAAUGGGGAUGUUUCAAAAAAUACUCGAAACUUGCCUUCCUCUUCCAAAGGAGAUUCCGGGCUGAGUUCUUGGAGGAGAAAAUUGUUAGCUAAUCGUAGAAACGAUUUAGCAAAAUAUGGUUCAGGUAGAGAAAUUUCUUCACCCGCGCACCAGGAAAAGAAAAAUGGAAUGAGUACCAACCUAAGUAUCCUGGAAAAAGCUCUUAGUUCUGUGGAAGAUGAAGUUUUAAGGGAAAAGGCUUUACAGGCUCUUGCCGAAUGUGGAAUUGGCAUUGAGAGACUUGUGCCUGUGUGUUCGCCCUCAGAACAGAAGCCGGUCAAAGAUAGCGAUACUCAAACAACUAUUUUUGGUCUCUGGGACGACAAACAGUUUAUCCAUGUCCCAAAGGAAUUCCCAACCAUACAGAGAAUUCCAAUAACUGAGAGAACGCAUAACCAACAACAACAAAAUCUGAUCGUUUCAAAUCCAGAUUUUCAAGAUUUCCAGAUUGCUGGAAUUAGAGGCCUUAGCAGGUCAGUAAAAGAGUGUACAGAACUGACUGAAAUAGUGGAAGAUUAUGUCAAAGGCAAUGACUCGGCGAAUCGAGUCGCUGCUAUUUUUGCUGAUCCUUGCCCCGUUCAAACCGAUGUUGUUGAACAACUGCAGAAAGAUUUUGAAGAUUGGAACAAGUAUGAUGAAAAUGGAUAUUUAAAUAUACACAACGCUGUUAUUUCUGAUUCGUUGCCUGGCACAAUGAGACACCUGAUGGUACUGAGCGCCCGUGAAGGAAGUGCAGAUAUACCUACAAGGGAUGGAGAAACGAGUUUGGAAUUGGCAAUACGUCACGAUGCAUCACCGAAAAUAGUAAAGCUGUUACUGGACGCUGGAGCAGAACCAACAGCCGAGGAAAGUGGGCACGACACUGCAUUAUUAAUUGCUUGCAAAAAAUCAAACGCCUCAUUGGUCGAACUGGUGGGCCGAGUAAAAUCAUGCGAAUCGCUGAAUAGUUAUGAUUCCGAGGGUUUCGCUGCUUUGCAUUAUUGCGCACAAAACGGGAAUGAGGAAGGUGUGAAGGCACUCAUCCGUGCAUCGGCCGAUAUAAAUUUACCCGAUCGGCGAUCUGGACGAACCGCUCUGUUUCACGCCAUCGAAAAUGAUUAUACCGACCUUGGCCAGAUACUUUUGGAAAAUGGCGCUGAAGCCAACAAACCGAACUACGGUGGUCAAACAAUUUUCCACAUUAUCGAGGAAAAUAAACACUACAAUUUGCUCGAAGUGUUGAACAGACUUUCAAAAUAAUAUUUUCAAACAAUGUUUAUCCUCGAAAACUAAUCGAUCAUCACUCACUAGUGAUUGUUGUUACGAGAAAUGUAUUCAUUAAAAGGGGCUUGAUAUUGAAUCAGUUUAUAAAAGAAUCCAAAAAUAAACUUAGCACCUUUAGUAUAAGCGUUAAAUUUGAAUGGAAUUAAAAUUUAUUCCGAUAUACGUAAUUAUUGUAUACCAAUAAAUUGUUGUGAAAUAUUUCAUAAAUCUGAUGAUUAGAUGACUCAUAAAAAUAAAAUGCAUGCAGAAACUUACAAACAA